AUGUCUCGCAUCUUCCGCUCCAAAACUCGUGUACGAAUCCCAACUCACCUCAGUAUAACGGAAGCGACGCUGCUGGACAACUCAACCGCCAUAUCUCCGAGCAAAAUCAUAUUCGAGGAAGCACUCAGCGGUAGAACGAUUUCAUACGGUGAAUUCAAUACUCUGGUCAAGCGUGGGGCCGCAUGGCUGCGGAAAGAACUCGCACUGAAGCCUGGGCAAAUUGUAAGCGUGAUAUCGUCCAGCUGCAUCGAUUAUAUCAUCGCCGUACACUCUGUGUGGUGGGCUGGCGGUGUCGUAUCUUUGAUAAACGAUUCUCUGUCCCCAACUGAGAUCGCGUACGGUAUCCAGCUUGUCAAACCAGACUAUGUUGUUGUCGGCAGCACCGCUGCUGUCAAGCUUGCUAAGAGCCUCAGUCUGAGCGGUCCAGUGAGCUCAGCGAUUAAGGUUAUUGCACUCGGAGAAUCUCAUUCACAGUGGUCUAGUUGGCCAAAACCGGACGUGGGCGGGAACUUGCAGGAGAUUGCGGCUCACUCGUUUGCAAAUGGCGACAACCGACAGGUACCUGCGGCAAUCAUUCUGUCCAGCGGAACCACUGGUCAUCCCAAGGCUGUUGUUCUCUCCCACUACAACCUCAUUGCCGUGAACUACCAGCUGCGCGCCGAUAAUCCUGACAACUGGAGGAGUGACAUGCGCGAGGUUUUCUUCCCGCCCUUAUCCCACGUCUAUGCACUAUAUGUGGCCAUUACGGGGGCUCCUUGGCUAGGCUACUAUGUCUGCCUAAUGCCCCGGUUCGAAUUGGAAACAUAUUGUCGCCUUCUAUCCGAGCGAAAAGCAACACUGGCUAGAUUGGUUCCUCCUGUUGCGAAGAUGCUUGCCGAGAGCCCGGUAACUCGACGAUACACAUAUCCGGCUUUGGAGUAUUUUACGUGCUCAGCCGCUCCUUUGAGUGAGAAAACUGCUGCCGACUUGAGAACAGUAUUCCCCAGAGUGAAGCUAUGUCAGACAUACGGGUGUACUGAAGCCUCCGGUGCAUGCGUUCAAUCGGGUACUCGCGACAAAGAGAUGCCGUUGAAUGCGACGGGGAAGCUCAUUGCUAACGCCGAGAUGAGGUUUAUCGAUUCCACCGGCGAUGAUGUGGGUGAUGGUGCACCGGGCGAGAUCACCUUGCGUGGCCCGCAUAUCAUGAUGGGUUAUUUGGGAGACCCCAAAGCCACAAGAGAGCAUAUGCUUGAUGGUGGCUGGUACAAGACAGGUGACAUAGGAUACUUAGAUGCGCAAGGCUUUCUCUUUGUCAGUGGCCGUAUAAAAGACAUUAUUAAGUCGAAUGGAUUCCAAGUAUCACCCCUGGAGCUCGAGGAGAUACUCGUCCGCCAUCCACGUGUCAAGGAGGCGGCCGUACACGGUGUGUGGAGUGAGCGCAACGCAACCGAUCUCCUACGCGCGUAUAUUGUAUCCGAAACGCCGCUGGGAAAGUCUGGGCGAGAUGCGGAAGAGGCCGCGCGAUCGAUAGCCGAGUUUGUGGCGAGCCAGGUGGCUGGUUAUAAGCAGUUGAAGGGAGGUGUGGUUUUUGUCGAUUCGUUGCCCAAGAGCCCGACUGGGAAGCUGCUGAGAAGGCUUCUCAAAGACAUGGAUGAUACCGAGUCUACUCCUCCGCAGGCAAAACUAUAG